AUGGCCUUAACCUUGCGCACCAGCCAAGAGGAAGUACAAGUCACGGGUCUCGCCACGCAAGUGUCAUCUCAAGACACCGAGAUAGAGGGACUCACGGAACAGCUCAACUCCUUGGAAGACAAUCUGGAGGACAUAAAUAACUGCUCCAGGCUAAAUAACCUCCGCAUUGGCGGCCUAACAGAAUCAGUGCUGCCCAAAGCCAUUCUCCAUACCUUAUGGGAAAUUGUUACAUCUCUGCUGCCAGAGGCCUCCAAAUCGGAGCUCACUAUUGAAAGGCGCUACAACCAUCGGCACUUUGCGACUAUAGAGCGCCUCAUGACCGCAGCCAGGGAUACCCCACCCAUGGUACAAGAUCAGGAAUUGUCCUUUUACCAAGAUUUGGCCCUCUCCACAUUAAAGAAACGCUGGGACUUAAAACCGCUCACAGCAGCCCUCACGUGGGGCUACCCUUUUUGUCUCAUUGUCCGAAAAGACAACCAGACCCACACAUUAAUGAAGGUAUCAGACAUAGAGGACUUCGCAAGAACUUUGGGUUUAAAACUCGAGGUGGCCCCUGAAAACACCUCUGCAGCCGCUCGACCACCCACCACUAAAACCUACACUAGCAAACCCAUGCCGCCCCGCCAACCUGUGAAGCGGCAUUCCCCUCCAUCCCCGAGGGAGCCUGAGAGACUACCCAUCUGA